AAAUUAUAAAUAUAAUAUUUUGAAUUAACAUUAAACCGCUAGAACGGCAGCUCUGUCGACUAGUACCGGGUGUAAAUCUAUGAAUUACCUUUCGCCUUACCAUGCCUUGGUAUCCGUACGUCGAUACCCCAGCUCCCCAUUCCCCAAAGUAACAAUCGGAUCCAUAGCAACGGUGCUGCACUAAAUUUAUGCAUCGAUGUAUUGACUGCUGAUAGAGACGUUCGCAAAGUUUUUCCACCCACACACAUUUAAAGUUUAAAGGGGUAAAAAAGGGAAGAAAUCGGUACCAUGAACAGGCUAAAGCAAAGCACCAGCUCAAACAACAGCGGCACAUCCUCGGAAACCAGCGAGACGCAAAGUGUGGAUGACCAGCAGAGCACUUCGCAGACGAACGUUCGUGUGGGCAGUGCAUCAUUGAGUCGAGCCAAAAAUAGUUGGAAACGCAUGAAAGAUCUGGCGGCCGACAAGGAAAAGGAAAAGGAUAAUGAGGCAAAGCGCCCGCCAUGGCGAGCGGUUAGCGUUUCGACGCUUACCAAGCCGGAUAAAAGUGCCCUGCUACGGGCCAAGUUACUGGAUGCUUCCAGGCGGCUAAGAGCUGGGAAGGCCAAUGUGGCCCUGCAGACGGACUUUGUCCCUACGAAGCUGAUGAAGGAGGCGAGUUUUGGAGUGCAAAAAGAUCUGAUCCUGCACAGGGACAUUGGAAUUCUCACCGAUGGACAACUCUCCAAAAAGAAGGAUGGUGAAAAGUAUGUACUUACCUAUUCCAUGUCCCAAAUGACCGACACUGUGCCUACGACUUCCCGUCAGACCCAGACUCUACUGCCCAAGGCGUACAACAAAGAUCUGAUAAACUCGUAUCUGACAUCCGAUGAAGAUGGCAAUGUCAAUAUUUCCGAUGUGGAAAAGCGGCUGGGCGAUCAGAUUGCCAAGAUCCGGAAACUAAACCUCAAUGAAUCAGAGCGUCAGCAUACUUCGAAAAGUAAAAACAAUACUAACCUGGCUCCAACGCUGGCUUCCUGGCACUUUGAUGACGAUGCAGUCGAAAUGGAAUCGGAUCGACACUUUAUACCCUACAUCAUCGAGUCGUACAAGCCGUGGCGCAGUUUCGUUCCGUUUCCCUUCCGGUUGAGGGGUAACACGCUGAUUGGCACUCAGAAAAUAGACUGGUACGCCCUUCUCCAGUCCAUCGAUGAUCUGAUCAAGGAGUCCAACAACCUGGUGGAUAAGCUGGAACAGAUAAUGCUGGAGAAUCGAGUGCAUCGCAAGUCGGUGUUGGGUAAUCUUGGGAAAAUUCAAAAGUUUAAACCGAGUAGCUUUACCACACCUUCGGAUCAAUGGCUCCCGUUGAUCGAGCAGCAGGAAAAGCAAUUACAAAUUAUGUUGAACACCAACGAGGCCACUUACGAGACCUCGGAGUCGGAAAAUUAAGCUAUAACAAGAACAAUACCCAGUU